CCCGCCGCGGCCGGCACAGCCAAUCCCCCGAGCGGCCGCCAACAUGCUCUUUGAGGGCUUGGAGCUGGUGUCGGCGCUGGCCACCCUCGCCGCGUGCCUGGUGUCGGUGACGCUGCUGCUGGCCGUGUCGCAGCAGCUGUGGCAACUGCGCUGGGCCGCUACCCGCGACAAAAGCUGCAAGCUGCCCAUCCCCAAGGGAUCCAUGGGCUUCCCGCUCAUCGGAGAAACCGGCCACUGGCUGCUGCAGGGCUCUGGCUUCCAGUCCUCGCGGAGAGAGAAGUAUGGCAACGUAUUCAAGACGCACUUGCUGGGGCGGCCCCUGAUCCGCGUGACGGGCGCGGAGAACGUGCGCAAGAUCCUCAUGGGGGAACACCACCUGGUGAGCACCGAGUGGCCUCGCAGCACGCGCAUGCUGCUGGGUCCCAACACCGUGGCCAACUCCAUCGGCGACAUCCACCGUAACAAACGCAAGGUUUUCUCCAAGAUCUUCAGCCAUGAGGCGCUGGAGAGUUACUUGCCCAAGAUCCAGCUGGUGAUCCAAGACACUCUGCGUGCCUGGAGCAGCCAUCCUGAGCCUAUCAAUGUGUACCAGGAGGCACAGAAGCUCACCUUCCGCAUGGCCAUCCGCGUGCUGCUGGGCUUCAGCAUCCCCGAGGAGGACCUCAGCCACCUUUUCGAGGUCUAUCAGCAGUUCGUGGAGAAUGUCUUCUCUCUGCCUGUUGACCUGCCCUUCAGCGGCUACCGUCGGGGUAUUCAGGCCCGGCAGAUCCUGCAGAAGGGCCUGGAGAAGGCCAUCCGAGAGAAGCUGCAGUGCGCCCAGGGCAAGGAUUACUCGGAUGCUCUGGACAUCCUCAUCGAGAGCAGCAAGGAGCAUGGGAAGGAGAUGACGAUGCAGGAGCUGAAGGAUGGAACCCUGGAGCUGAUCUUUGCAGCCUACGCCACCACAGCCAGUGCCAGCACCUCCCUCAUCAUGCAGCUGCUGAAGCACCCGGCCGUGCUGGAGAAGCUGCGUGAGGAGCUGCGGGCCCAGGGCAUCCUGCGCAGUGGCGGCUGCCCCUGUGAGGGCACACUGCGCCUGGACACGCUCAGCAGCCUGCACUACCUGGACUGCGUCAUCAAGGAGGUGAUGCGGCUCUUUACGCCCAUCUCCGGUGGCUACCGCACCGUGCUGCAGACCUUCGAACUUGAUGGUUUCCAGAUCCCUAAAGGCUGGAGUGUCAUGUACAGCAUCCGAGACACGCACGACACUGCGCCCGUUUUCAAAGAUGUGAACGUGUUCGAUCCCGACCGCUUCGGCCAGGCUCGAAGUGAAGACAAGGAUGGUCGCUUUCACUACUUGCCCUUCGGGGGCGGCGUCAGGACCUGCCUGGGCAAGCACCUGGCCAAGCUCUUCCUGAAGGUGCUGGCUGUGGAGCUAGCCAGCACCAGCCGUUUCGAACUGGCCACGCGGACCUUCCCCCGCAUCACCCUGGUCCCUGUCCUGCACCCUGUAGACGGCCUCAGCGUCAAGUUCUUUGGCCUGGACUCCAACCAGAACAAGAUCCUGCCGGAGACAGAGGCCAUGCUAAGCGCCACUGUCUAAAUAUCCAGGCCCACCCCUCGCCUCCACCCAGCCACCCAGGGGGUGGGAGUGGAUGAAAGGGCAGAAACCUGUGUGUGGGAGGAGACUGGAAAUGGGAUGGGGGUGGGAACAAGCCCCCCACCCAGGCCCAGCCCUCCUAUCCCCUCCCUGAUGAACCCUACCCUAAGCCAAAAGGGCCACUUCCUUCUGGGGAUUGGGGCCGAGUCCUGACUUGGGCUUCUCUCCAGUCUCUUUGCCCCUCGUCCCCCUCCCCAAAUUAGCCCCUGGGACUGGGCAUGGCCAGGGGUUCUGCAUGCCAGUUUCAGUGUUACAUGUUCAUGGCCCAUCCCGUGCUGCAGCCUUUGCUUGUGAUGGUCCAGACUAAUGCCCCUGCGCUUGUUUCUCUUGAACCCUUCUAGUUUGAUGUCAGGUGGUGGGCAUGGGGAAGGAGGGAAUGAGAUGCUCCUUUGAUGUUCUUUCCAACAACUCUGACUCUCCUGCCUCCUCUCAGAUGGGGGUGAAGUCCCAGUGUCCUGAAUGGCAGGAGUCAGUCUUGGCAGGGACGGGGGCAGCUUUCAGGCUGGAAGGCACUACCCCUUUGCCAGUUUGGACCUUCAAAAUUAUCUAUUGCUGCUACUUUUUCUCUCCUCUGACCUUGGGGCAAAAGGCCCCUAGGCUCUGUCCUCCCAGCAUCCUCCUGGUGGCCCUGGGCAUGCGCACUGACACCCCCACAUCCGGCUGGGUGGCCUUGAGCUCCCCCUGUUACAUACCAAGGCCUUGGUUCAUGGGCUGCCCCUGCACCCUUCCCCCAUAUUUAUUCACUGAUAAAAACCCAACCUUGGCAUUGCUAUGGACUGCAGCGAGUGUCUGUCUCCCCCUCUCCUUUAUGGGGGUGCAGAGGGGAUUUCCACCAGUACCCCUGUCCCAUGAGCAGCUCCCCCAGGCACUAGACCUUCUGUGGGUUCAACCUUGGAGCUUUGCCAACACCACUGGUGGAGGAGGAACAUGACAUGGUGCUUUGCCUUCCUCCUUGCUCCGUUGAAAACCCCAGGCACCAAGAGGGUUAGGAAGCCACCGAAGUCUCCUGUCUGACCACUGUUCAGCUCAGGGUUCCUGAUGCAGGGAAGGAAGCAGGGGAGAGGAUACGGGUUCUUUCUUCUCACGGAGCCAGGGCCUCUGGCCUCCCUUUCUUAACCCUCUCCUUUUGCCCUUAAACCUUGGAAAGAUGUCUUGGAGUCCCCUUCUCACCUCUCUGACACAGCAGAGCCCAGCUCAAGGGUGUGGGGACAAGAUGAAAGCAAGGGAAGGUGAGUGCAGGAAGUGUGACUCUCCCCAACUACCUGGUCACCCCAGGCUGCUGCCUGAUAUCAGGUCGAUGUGGGGAGGUUGCAGGAGAAAUGAGGAGGAAGAGGAGGAGGAGGAGGAGGAGGAGGAACAUGUGAUUUGUCAGAAGGGAUUUUGUUGAAAACUGACUGGCGUAUGUGGGGAGUAACCAGGAGGCAAGGGAAGGAACUUCUGCCACUGGCUUUUAAGUUGACAAUUUGGGGUGUCUCCUGGGUAUGAUUUGGAGUUUGUUGGUGAGUCAGCAAUUUUGUCUGUUUCUGGAUUUUUCUGUGUUUUACCAUUGGGUUUUAAUGAUAUGAGAGCAAGGCUUCCUGGGACUAGGGCAAUAGUUGAGUUGUAGAGCACCUGCCUCCACAGAAUACAAAUGUUUAGUGAUUUCCUUCUAGCAGAGAUUCACAGAAAGAAGUGCACGGUGUCUACCCAUGACUGCCUCACCACUCGGUGUGAACUUGGGAGGUGGAGGCUGGCUGAACCUCACUCUUGCUUCCACAUACACCUGCCUUUACCAGUCUGGUACAGAUCUUACAGACCAUUUCUAGGACCUCCAAUUCUGGGUUUCAUGUGGUCCCUACUUUUCUCACGAUUACAAAGCAGCACAGAACAGACAUGACUGACAAAAAAUAGACCUUUAAAAUCUUCCACUCUGCCUUCCUUGUCUGCCCUUCUGGAAAACAGGCAAAACUGUGUGAAGAUUCACCAAAGGUCACACAGAGAUCUCAAAAUUGAGGGAUCCGGUGUCUGAAGGGGUCUUUCUCCUUCUAGCUGACCUGACUUGCCCUGCACUAGUUUCUGGCUGAGCAUCAAGGAGCAUAGGUAGCUUCCCCUUCAGAUGGGAAGCCCCCACUUCACUCCCCAGAACUGUUGAGCCUUGGAGACCUUCCCUUGGGAGGGGCACAGAAGGCAGAUGGGAUAGGGGUUUCUGCAAAGGAAGAAGGAAGUGGCAUUUGCCUCGCUGAGUCUCAAAGGCAAUGAGAAGAGAACUGAAGAAAGCUCUUGACAGCUGACAAGGGUUCCAUGGGGAAAUGGGCUAUGUCUGUGUUCUCUGACCUUCUGUCUCUGUGUCUGUGUGUAGUUUUAUAGAACUAGUUUUAGCUGGGUGACAUUUUCUCACAUAUCAUUCCUAACUAUUGUCACUUGACAUUAAGAAAAAAAAAAAAACAACCCACCCCUUCCCUGCAAAACUCUCCCUGCCAUGGGCUUGCAGAUUGAAGCACUUUCGACGUCAGGAGCUGGCGAUUGUGUUCUGGAUGCCACCCUGACCCUGCCCGGAUUGCUCUAAUAUUAUUUUAUACACAAAACUCUUUUCAAUAAAUGUUAUAAUUGUGUGUGUCUGUCUUUAUAAACUAUUAUAAGUACUAUUUUUGUUAUAAUUCAAAAUAGAUAUUUAGUAUAAAGUUUUUGCUGUUAAAUAUUUGUUAUUUAGUAAAAUAUGAAUUUUCUCUAUUGUAAACUGGUUCAAAAUAUUAAUAUGUUUUUAUCACAGUUGUUUUAAUAUUGAAAAAGCACUUAUGUGUUUGGUUUUGAUAUGAAAACUGUUGCCGUGUGAGUGUUUUGUUGUCAUGUGGUUUUAAUCUGUAUAUAAUAUUCGAUGUUACAUAUUAAAAAUGAAUGUUGUGCAUUUUGUGAUUUUGGAAAUACUCAAUGUGGCUCUUUUCUAGGCUUCCAUAAUAAACUGUGGGGACUCAC